GCAGAAAACAAAAACACCACGGCCUUCCGCUUCAGCCUCGCCACUUUCUCUCACCUCCUCUCCCUGUCAUUCACCGAAAAUAAUGUCCGAUAUCAAGGGAGGAAAGCGUUCAAGCGCCGACGCCGACGAAUCCACGCGAAAGAAGGCCAAGAAGGACGGUGAGGACGAGAAAUACAACCCUUACCUCGCUCACAUGUACGACAACGGUAAUAGCAAUGGUCAUGGCGCAGAGCCUUCGCCAGAGUCUCCUCUCACUGGUAUGAAGAGGCAGCAUACUACCGCUGCCCAGGCCUCAAAAGCUGAGGACUCUGAGUCGAACCCUUUCACCGGCCGGCCUCAUUCGCAAAAGUACUUCCAGAUUCUCCAGGGCCGUCGCGAUCUGCCUGUCCACAAGCAACGACAAGAGUUUUUGGACAAGUACCACUCAACACAGAUUCUCGUCUUUGUCGGUGAGACAGGUUCUGGAAAGACUACUCAAAUUCCUCAGUAUGUCGUCUACGACGAGCUACCGCAUCUUACCGGCAAGCUUAUCGCCUGUACCCAGCCACGUCGAGUCGCCGCCAUGUCGGUCGCGCAGCGUGUCGCCGACGAGAUGGACGUCACCCUGGGCGAGGAAGUUGGUUACAGCAUUCGUUUCGAGGACAUGACAGGUCCUAAGACUAUGCUCAAGUACAUGACUGAUGGUAUGCUUCUGCGUGAGGCCAUGCACGACCACGAGAUGUCUCGCUACAGUUGUAUUAUUCUCGAUGAGGCUCACGAACGUACUCUCGCGACCGAUAUUCUCAUGGCUCUACUCAAGCAGAUUUCUAUGCGCCGCCCCGACCUCAAGAUCAUCAUCAUGUCUGCUACCCUCGAUGCUCAAAAGUUCCAAAAGUAUUUCAACGAUGCGCCCCUGCUCGCCGUCCCCGGUCGAACACAUCCUGUCGAGAUCUUCUACACCCCCGAGCCUGAGCGCGAUUACGUCGAGGCCGCCAUAAGAACCGUUCUCCAGAUUCACGCUUCAGAGCCUGAGGGUGAUGUUUUGCUUUUCCUUACAGGUGAAGACGAGAUUGAGGACGCUUGUCGCAAGAUCAGUCUCGAGGCUGAUGAGCUGAUGCGCGAGGUCGACGCUGGUCCUCUCGCCGUUUACCCUCUGUACGGUACCCUGCCUCCCCACCAGCAACAGCGCAUCUUCGACAAGGCCCCUGCGCCUAUUCGCAAGGGCGGUCGUCCUGGUCGCAAGGUCAUUGUUUCUACCAAUAUUGCCGAAACUAGUUUGACUAUCGACGGUAUCGUCUAUGUCGUGGAUCCCGGGUUUAGCAAGCAGAAGAUCUACAACCCUCGUAUCCGUGUUGAGUCUCUCCUUGUCUCACCCAUCUCCAAGGCUUCAGCCCAGCAGCGUGCUGGUCGUGCUGGUCGUACCAAGCCCGGAAAGUGUUUCCGUCUGUACACCGAGAAGGCCUUCAAGAAGGAGCUUAUUGAGCAAACAUAUCCCGAGAUUCUGCGCUCCAACCUCGCCAACACCGUUCUGGAGCUCAAGAAGCUUGGUGUGGAGGAUCUUGUCCACUUCGAUCUUAUGGACCCCCCUGCUCCCGAGACCAUGAUGCGCGCCCUUGAGGAGCUCAACUAUCUUGCCUGUCUGGACGACGAUGGUGAGCUGACCACUCUCGGCAGCAUGGCCUCAGCAUUCCCCCUUGAUCCCGCUCUGGCGGUCAUGCUUAUCUCGUCUCCCGAGUUCUACUGCUCGAACGAGAUUCUCUCUAUUACCUCGCUUCUCUCAGUUCCUCAAAUCUUCACUCGCCCUGCCAACAACCGAAAGCGCGCCGAUGAGAUGAAGGCUCAAUUUGCGCAUCCCGAUGGUGACCACCUCACCCUGCUCAACGCCUAUCACGCUUUCAAGGGCCAGGCAACAUCCGACCCCAACAGUGCAAAGCAGUGGUGCCACGAGCACUUCCUCUCCUUCCGACAUCUCUCGAGUGCGGAUAACGUUCGCGCUCAGCUCAAGCGCAUCAUGGAGACGCAUGGCUUGGAGCUUGUGUCAACACCGUUUGAGGACAAAAACUACUAUACCAACAUUCGACGCGCACUGCUCGCCGGUUUCUUCAUGCAGGUCGCCAUGAAGGAGAGCUCUGGCAAGCUCUAUCGCACUGUCAAGGACGACCAGGCUGUGCUAAUUCACCCUUCAACUGUCCUCCGUACCGAGUUCGACUGGGUCCUCUACAACGAGUUUGUCUUGACGUCCAAGCAAUACAUCCGAACAUGUACGGGUAUCCGACCUGAGUGGCUGUUGGAAAUUGCCCCUACGUACUACGAUAUCGACAGCUUUGAGCAAGGCGACGUCAAGCGUUCUCUCGCACGCGCUGCAGAAAAGAAGCGCCGCAAGGAAGCCAUGAAGGCUGGUCGAUGAAGUACUCACUGCAGAGGCCCAUGAAAGAAAGGCUAGGAAAGGCUCUCCAUGCGUCCCCUAGAAAUCGACAAUACAGGCGUGGGCAGGGAUUCAAAACGUGAGCGAUCGACCUCUUUGCUUAUCCAAUGCUUAGCCCUACCAUGUACGUGCGGGAAACGGCCCUCCAUUGCGGCUCGGCCUUGCAUGGGGAUGGGGCCGACAAGACACAAACGUUUCUUGUUACUGAGAGUAGGGAAGAGGUGUUGUUUGCGACUACUAUGUAGCUCGGCAAAGCUCUUCCCCUCCCUUAUUCAUCCCGGUCUGGAGUUGCACAUCCUCACAAGUUGACUGGUUGACCACGGCGUUUUUUGUGCAUCAGCCACUUCUUUCAUGGUUGGCUGCUCGGUUGGAUUGUUUUUUUUUACAGUGUUUCAUGCUUCAAUGUUUCCCCCUCGUCGCGCCCCUCUCUGUCUGGUCCAUGGUGUCUUUCACUUUACCUAUUCGGUCUUAGAGUCCUGCAGCACCGUUAGAUUGCCAAAAGAGGGUGUGAGUGAGUGUCAUGGAGGGAUGCGGGCGUUUUUGGGUUGUUUUACUCGUGCGUAUCUUGAGUGGAGGUAGAAGGAGGAAAGAGGCGACAGAUAACCUUGGGACUGAAUAAAGGUUGUGGCAGAGAGAACUAUUGUUAGCACACCAGCCGUAUUUCAAACUAGAUGAAACAUUAUCAACGAAUUCCAGGCACUUGCGCAGUUCUGCAGCAUUCAUGCUUCUUUAGUAUCAUGCACGACACCUCUUCUGGUUGUUUGAGCGUUUGUCUUGACUGCAUUGUUGCCUCUUCUCCCAGCCUCAAAUCAACUAGGCAAUCAGCAAAGCUUGACUCGGAAUAGCCUGAGUAUGUAUGUCUGUCAGGAU